UCUCCGCAGCGCGCGGGCCCGGCUCCAUGGCAGAGCAGGAGAGGCCACGACACCUCCUGAGGCUGGUCCAGGAGGGAAACCUGGAUCUCCUACGGGAUGAGCUGAGGCUGGAUGAGAUUCCAGAGGCUCUCAGCUGGCACUGGGGACGUUUGGGAGACUCCCUGCUGCACCACGCGGCUCGGUUGGGGCACCGGGAUGUGCUGGAAUUCCUGAUCCAGGAGAUUGGGAUGGACCCGGAGGUGGCCAACGGGGACUACAAGAGACCCAUCCAUGAGGCUGCUUCCAUGGGACACCAGGAAUGUGUGUCCUUCCUCCUGGAGAGAGGGGCCAGCGUGGACUGCUUGAAAAAGGGGGACUGGACUCCCCUGAUGAUGGCUUGCACCAGGAAAAACUUGGAAGUGAUCAAAACUCUGGUGGAGCACGGAGCCAAUCCCUUGUUGAGGAAUAAGGAUGGCUGGAAUUGCUUCCACAUUGCCAGCAGGGAAGGGCAUCCCGAGGUUCUCCGGUUCCUGCUGGAUGUGUUCCCAAACUGCUGGGACACGGAGAGCACCACAGGGAGAACUCCUCUGCACACAGCAGCGAUGCACGGCUGUUCCCAGGUCGUGGAGCUGCUCCUGGAGCGGUGUCAGUACCAGCCUGACAGCAGGGACAGCUGUGGGGUCACUCCCUUCAUGGACGCUCUCCAGAACGGACACGUCGGCAUCGCCCGGCUGCUCCUGGAAAAACACCAGGCCUGUCCCACAGCUGUGGAUGCCCUGGGUGCUCAGGCCCUGCACAGAGCAGCUGUGACAGCCCAGGAUGGAUCCAUCCAGUUCCUGGUGUCCGAGCUGGGCGUGGAUGUCAACGGGAGAGCGACGUCCCUGCGGCUGCCAGCCCUGCACUACGCUGCCAAGGAAGGACAUGGACAAACCAUCCAGACCCUGCUGUCCCUCGGUGCUGAUAUCCAGGCUAAGGAUGGGAAGGGCCGUUCUGCCCUGCACGCGGCCGGCGCCGGGCAGCGCGCCGAGGCCGCCGGCGUCCUGCUGCGAGCCGGGCUCCGUGACGCUCCGGAUAACUCGGGAAUGCUGGCACGGCAGCUGGCCAGGAAGCCGGAGAUCAUCCGGGUUUUCCAGGGAAUGCAAGAGGAAAGCCGCUCCUUUUCCAUGUGAUUCCAGGGCUGAGCUUCCCUUCUUCCCAUGCAGCUCCCUGAAACAGAACCAUCCAAGGAAAUCUCCACUUCUCGGGAUCCUCACGGCUUUUCCUGGGAAUUUCCACACAAAAUCCACCUGGAUCAUUGAUUUUCCAGCUCUUCAUGCACCUGCUCUCCCCUAAUCCCUGAAAUUCCUGGAAUUGUGAGGCUCUUGAAGCUGCACCAACCUUUUCAAUCCUUUUUGUAUCCCACGGCUGAUCCCAAAAUCUGCGGGAAUCCGUGGUGGGACCUCAGCCCUGGGAGGACAUCGGGAAUCUUUGGAUCAGACUGAAAUAAGGAGCUGUUUUAGUCCAGAUUGGAAUGCUGGGCAAUUCCCAGAACCCAUGAACUUUAAAUCCCAAAAAAUCUGCUCUUGGAAACCUGGGAUUCGCAACAAGGUAAGAGCAGCUGCAGCUGUUGGG